UUGCAGGAAACGGUUGGGAGACGGUUGCGGGGCUGUGAUGCGGCGCCUUUAAGAGGGGCCUCGUGCUGUGUCGCCCCCCUCCCCGCCUCCUCGCCGCUCCCCUCCCCUCAGCGCCGCGCUCGGCAGCCAUGGGCUCUCCGCCGUCACGGCCGCCGCUCCCGCGGGCCACCGCGCUGUUGUUGGCGGCGGCGCUGCUGCUGCUGCUGGCCCCGGCGGGGCUGCGCGCUGCUCCGGAGGAAGAACCCGCCAGGAAGAAGGAGCCGGCGCCGCCACCGCCGGCGGCGGCAGCGCAGGGAGCCGAGCCGCGGGCUGAGAAGGGAUCCUCGCCAGUUGCUCCUGUUCACACUGUCAAUGAGGAGUCAGCUGACAAGACGAAUUUGGGCUUCAUUCAUGCAUUUGUGGCUGCUAUAUCGGUCAUCAUCGUAUCCGAACUGGGGGAUAAGACCUUCUUCAUUGCAGCCAUCAUGGCAAUGCGGUACAACCGUUUGACUGUGCUGGCUGGUGCUAUGCUUGCCUUGGGACUGAUGACAUGUUUAUCAGUUUUGUUUGGCUAUGCCACCACAGUUAUUCCUCGUGUGUACACAUACUAUGUAUCAACAGCACUGUUUGCAAUUUUUGGCAUCCGAAUGCUUCGUGAAGGCUUGAAAAUGAGUCCAGAUGAGGGUCAAGAAGAGUUGGAAGAAGUUCAAGCAGAAAUUAAAAAAAAAGAUGAGGAACUUCAGAGAACUAAACUGUUAAAUGGGCCAGGAGAUGUGGAAACAGGGCCAGGCACCACUAUACCUCAGAAGAAGUGGCUGCACUUUAUUUCUCCAAUCUUUGUUCAAGCUUUUACUUUAACAUUUUUAGCAGAAUGGGGCGAUCGUUCCCAGUUAACAACCAUAGUCUUGGCCGCCAGAGAGGACCCCUACGGUGUGGCAGUAGGUGGGACAGUGGGCCAUUGCCUCUGCACUGGUUUAGCAGUUAUUGGAGGGAGAAUGAUAGCACAGAAGAUUUCUGUUAGGACUGUGACAAUCAUAGGAGGCAUUGUCUUCUUAGCCUUUGCAUUUUCUGCACUAUUUAUAAGUCCAGACUCUGGGUUUUAAAAUUUUCGCCCUGCAAAGGAGCAAGGAUUGGAAGCAUCAAGCAGCCGUCCUUGUGCUGCCCUUUUUUGUAUAUAGUGUACAGAAUUGUAGUGAAACAAGCACUGGAGGGGAGCCACGGAACUUCCUGCAGUGAGCGGUGGCUGUGCCUGAGCCGUGGGCGGGCUCUGCUCGGCCAGCGCUGCCGUUCCCUCGUGUUCCGCCUCUGCCGAGUCCUGCUGGUCUGCUCUCCCAGGAGCUGAGGCUACUUCUUCUCUUCCUCUGUUACACAUGGCCACCUUUCCUGUUUCUUCACGAGCUGGUUCUUGAGGCUCCUCAGAGCAGACUCUGUCUUGUUCCAUGUUGUUCAACAGAAGGUGUUAAGAAGAACACUGCUGGCUCCCACUCCUAAGGACCUCAGUCCCAGGGUGCACACGAGGCUGAAUAAUCUAAGCAAGAAGAAACCCGGGAGCAGCUCCUGUACCACUGAGUGGCUUAGCCACCAACAGAGAGUUCAAUAAACUUCAUUUAGAGGGAAAACUUCUUAAUCAGGGAUUUUUAUCAGGAAAUUGCCGUGUGGUGAUUAACAACCUUCCGUGUUCCAUAUGCAAUCUGUGCACAGCUAUUAUUAUUUUACUUUGGUUUAUUGUUUUUUUAAAAUGUUGAAAUAUUAAAGUAUAUGGAAAGUAAUAAAAUGGUCCAACUUGAGGAUUUUCCAUUCCCAGGAUUGAACAGUAAUGAAAUUCUUAGAUUUAGAUGUGUUCCUGGGGUUUGUUGGGUUUUCUUUUUUUAGGAAUAGAAAUGUAAUCUGGAAGAGUUAUUAAUAAAACAUAGUGUCUCAAUUUGAA